GACGAAGUAAGAGAAACAAACACGAUCAGCAGCAGAGGGAAAAGGGAUUUGUUGGUGGAACAGCUCAAGAAGGUGACACAAAUGGCAGCUCCCAUGGUUGUGGUUUCAGUGUCCCAGUACCUCGUUCAGGUCGUUUCCUUAAUGAUGUCCGGACACCUCGGCGAGCUCUCACUCUCCGGCGUCGCCAUCGCCACUUCCUUCACCAACGUCACCGGCUUCGCCCUCCUGUAUUUGUUGCAGUUUGGAUUGUCGGGAGCUCUUGAAACGCUGUGCGGGCAAGCGUACGGGGCAGAGCAGUACAAGAAAUGCGGGACGUACACUUACUGUUCCAUCAUCUCCCUCCUUCCAGUCUGCAUCCCAGUCUCGAUCCUCUGGCGCUUCAUGGACGACCUUCUAGUUUCAAUCGGCCAAGACCCAGAGAUCUCGAGGGUGGCCGCCCAAUACGCCGUCAACUUGAUCCCUGCUCUGUUCGGCGAUGCUGUUCUGCAGCCACUGAAUAGAUACAUGCAGUCCCAAGGGCGGACCCUCCCCAUGCUCCUGAGCGCCGUGGCGGCGCUCUGUGGGCAUGUCCCAAUCUGCUGGGCUAUGGUCUAUAAGUUUGGGCUCGAGAACGUUGGGGCGGCUCUGGCUGUUGGGCUGGCGUACUGGUUCAAUGCCGUUUUGCUGAUUUUGUACGUGAGAUGGGCUUCUUCGUGUGAGAAGACUCGUGGGAUGUGUUGGAAUGAUUUUGGGCCCAGCGUGAGGGAGUUUUGGAGAUUCGCUGUCCCUUCUGCCGUCAUGGUCUGCCUGGAAUGGUGGACUUUUGAGCUACUUGUCCUGCUGGCUGGAUUGCUACCUGAUGCAACGCUCCAGUCUUCAGUCCUUUCCAUUUGCGUUACAACUACUUCGCUUCACUACUAUGUGCAAUAUGGCAUAGGCGCUGCUGCCAGCACCGGGGUGUCGAACGAGCUCGGGGCAGGGAAUCCGGACAAAGCCAAAGCAGUGAUCCAAUCAGCAGUCGGGAUUUCGACGCUCGAGGCAAUCAUCGUCAGCACCACACUGUUCUACUGCCGCGGAUUCUUCGGCUACGUUUUCAGCAACGACGAGGCGGUGGUGGCGUACGUGGCCGAUGUGGCUCCGCUGCUCUGUCUCUCCGUCGUCGUAGACAGCUUCCUCGCAGUACUCUCCGGUACAUGUGGGGAUGCAGGAGUGGCGAGGGGGAGCGGGUGGCAGCACAUAGGAGCGUACUACGGCGUCGGGAUGCCGGUGGCGGUGCUGAUGUGCUUCGUCCUCCAUCUCGGAGGGAAAGGGCUGUGGGUUGGGAUUCUGACCGCAUCGACCCUCCAAGCUGUUUUGCUUGCUUUCAUCACUGCCUUCACCAAUUGGGAUCGACAGGUCCUCUGUUUCUUUCCGUCAAAUCCAUGAAUUUGAUUAGUACUUACUAUUGUGUUGUUUUUUAUUGUUGAUUCCGUGUUUUCAUUAUUGCUAUAUAUAUAUUGCAGGCAGAGAAAGCAAGGGCAAGGAUAUUUGAUGGCGGAAGUUGUUCGGGUCAAGGAAGCACAACCGAAGUGGAGGUGAAACUCAUACAGUAGUAAAACUAAUCAUCUCCAAAGCUCAAUAAUCUGAUAUGCACUUAUAAGACGAUGAUAUAUGGUUCUUGCGGUUGCAAGAAUGGUCUUUCUGAGGAUGAUGGGCUUGUCCUUUUGUUGCUUGUCUUUUUCUCGUGCUUCUAAUUAGGCCUUGUUGGUUUCUUUCAAUCUUGAUAUCCAGUGGUAUGAAAUUCGUCAUAUCCUCGUGUGGAUUUGAUUCAAUGGCUUCUUCAUAUC